AUGUAAAAUGGUGAAAAAAUAGCUUGUAAUAUUUAAAAUUCUGAUUUGUAUAAAAUAGGUGAAAAGUAUUAAGAAUUUGAAAUCUGUAAAUUUUCUAUUAAUAAUAUUUGUAUAAAAUAUGAUAGUAUUGUCUUUUUAGGUUAUGAUAAAUAAAUUAAAUUCAAUUAUUUAUCAAACAACUAAAAUGAUAAUUUUAUUGGACAUUUGAAUUAAAUCAAAAUGAUUAAAUCUUCAUAUAAUAGUAAAUAAUAAUUAUCAGUAAAUGAAUGUAAUAUUAUAAUUUUUUGGUAAUAAAUAAACUCUACUUGGAAAAAGUAAUUAUAAUUUGUAUUUGAAUCUUAUUUUACUUAAAUUAUUAUAAUUAAAUAAAAAGAUUAAAUAGUAUUAUUGUAUAGUGAUAAAAUAAUUAUAUCAAGUCUUAAUAAUAUAAAUGCAAUAAUUAAAACUCUUUGUUAAUUUAAAUGA